AUGACUACGACUAAUGAAAGUAGUUCGUCCCAAAUGGAACGCUUGACAACGUGUCCCGUUUGUUUGGAUAAAUUUCGUUCACCGAAAGUCUUACCGUGUAUGCAUACAUUUUGUUUAACGCCAUGUUUGACAAAUCUUGUCGAUCCACGAUCACGUGUAUUGCGUUGUCCAGAAUGCCGACGAGAGCAUCUUGUUCCACCAGGUGGAGUACAAGGGUUCCCUGCUAACUUAACGAUGAUCGGAUUUUUGGAUUUACAGCCAAACACUACUAGUCAACCAGAUCGUUGCUCGGUUUGUAGGGAACAGAAACAAAAUCUUGCAAAAUGCCACGAUUGUUCCAAGCCAAUCUGUUCUGAAUGUCGCGAAUCGCAUUUACGUGAAACAUCAUAUAAUGUUAGUUCACUGGUUAGUCAACUUCGCCGGAGCUUACCAAAAUUAAGUGAUAAAAUAGCUUCGUACGAGCAGCGUGUUAACAGUGUGCAAACUACUCAUGAGCAGAUUCAGCGCGAGAUUACAGCAGCGAUUGCCAUGUUAAUCGAAGACUUGAAACAUCGAGAAACAGCAUUAUUCACAGAGGCAGAAGUUUAUAUGCAAUCACAGUUAAGAAUGUUUCGUCUACAGCAAGAAACAGCAGAGGUAGAGUUGGCAAGUGUUGCAAGUUUCUGUGAAUCACUAGAAACGUCUCUAGCAAGUGGGCAAACUUUGAACGAUGUAGAUCUAGCGAAUAUGCGGUCACAAUGUAAUCGAUAUUCAGAGCAAAUUCAUACAUUGGAAACUCAAAUGCCUACUGAUGUUCAAAAGUUACGAUUUACAUCUGAAAACCAAACUGCAAUAUCAUCAACUAUUCAUGAAUUUGGUCGUUUGAUCGAUAUCACUGCUCAGACAUCAACUAAUCAUCCACGACAUACAUCUACAGGACAUCCUAACUCAGCACCGAAUUAUGCUACAACUAUAUCUAAUCCAGUGUACAUGCAAGAUCAAUCCCCACCUGAUACAUAUCGACAUUUAGAAAAUAUAUAUUAUUCUCGCGGACCACCACCGAUGCUCGUUCGAGCACAUCCACCCUCUCAAGCAUUUACUUAUCGUCCCGCACACAAUCACUUCUCCGGUAGUUUUGACAAUCCAUUUGUUGAUCUGAAUUUUACAGUUCCAGUACGUCCACACCCUCAUCCAACAUCUUCGUCGUACAUAGGAUCGUGGCAUCCACAAGCGAAUCGUCGGGCGCUAUCUAUAUUUGGAACUAAUCCAUUUACCUCAAAUAAUUCUCGACCAUCAGCACCACCUACGUCUGAAUCAACACCACGGCGCACUGGCCGGUCAAUUGAAGGUGACGAUCGACCUAUUCUUGGCGGAGGAAGGGAUAGAGCUCAAAUGCCAGCGCCCGUUCAGGAACAAGAACCAACGCCGCCAGUCAAUCGGCAACGCCGUGGUACAUUUGUACUCGACGAAGCGAGUUUACCUAAUUUACCUCAAUCCGGUGCUCAAAGACCUCGUGAUCCUAUAAACGUUCAAGAUUUGUAUAAUGUUAGACCACGCGAUCGUGCUCAAACACCUGUUGCUUUCACUAUAAAUAUGAAUGAAGUGCCGCAACCACCUGAAGAUAAUACUUCAUAG